ACAGAGGCUCCAACAACAACAACGGCUCCUCAAAGUGCCCCCACUAAAACCACAGCUUCUCCCACGACUACCACAGCUGCUCCCACAUCAACCACAGCUGCCCCUACAACUACCACAGAGGAUCAAACAACAACCACAGCUGCAGCUACAACUACAACACAGGCUCCAACAACAACCACAGCUGCUCCCAAUACAACCACAGCUAACCCAACAACUACAACAGAGGCUUCAACAACAACAGCUGCUCCUACUAUGACCACAGCUGCACCUACAACUACCACAGCUGCUCCCAUUACAACCACAGCCGCCCAAACAACUACCACAGACGCUCUACCUACAACAACAGCUGCACCUACAACUACAACAGGUUCUCCCACUACAACCAAAGCUGCACCUACAACUACAACAGGUUCUCCCACUUCGACCACAGCUGCACCUACAACUACAACAGAGGCUCGUAAAACAACGUCUGCUCCGACUACAACCACAGCUGCACUUACAACUACAACAGAGGCUCCAACAACAACAACGGCUGCUCCCACUAAGACCACAGCUACACCUACAACUGCAGCAGAGGCUCCGACAAGAACCACAACUGCACCUACAACUACAACAGGUAACCCCACUACAACCACAGCUGCACCUACAACCACAACAGUUGCUCCCACAACAACCACAGCUGCCCCUACAACUACCACAGAGGAUCAAACAACAACCACAGCUGCAACUACAACUACAACAGAGGCUCCAACAACAACCACAGCUAACUCAACAACAACCAGAGCUGCAGCUACAACUACAACAGAGACAACUACAACAGAGGCUUCAACAACAACAGCUGCUCCUACUAUGACCACAGCUGCACCUACAACUACCACAACUGCUCCCAUUACAACAACAGCCGCCCAAACAACUACCACAGACGCUCUACCUACAACAACAGCUGCACCUACAACUACAACAGGUUCUACCGCUACAACCAAAGCUGCACCUACAACUACAACAGGUGCUCCCACUACAACCAAAGCUGCACCUACAAUUACAACAGAGAUUCCAACAACAGCAACAACGGCUGCUCCCACUUCGACCACAGCUGCACCUACAACUACAACAGAGGCUCGUAAAACAACGGCUGCUCCCACUGCGACCACAGCUACACCUACAACUGCAGCAGAGGCUCCGACAAGAACCACAACUGCACCUACAACUACAACAGGUGCCCCCACUACAACCACAGCUGCACCUACAACUACAACAGCUGCUCCCACAACAACCACAGCAGCCCCUACAACUACCACAGAGGAUCAAACAACAACCACAGCUGCAACUACAACUACAACAGAAGCUCCAACAACAACCACAGUUUCUCCCACUACUACCAACGCUUCUCUCACUACAACCAAAGGUGCACCGACAAUUACACCAGAGGAUCCAAUAACAACCACAGCUGCUCCCACUACAACAACAGCUGCACCUACAACUAUCACAGAGGCUCCAAAAACAACCACAGUGGCACCUACAGCUACAAAAGCUUCUCCCACAACAACCACAGCUGCCCCUACAACUACCAGAGAGGAUCAAACAACAACCACAGCUUCACCUACAACUACAAGCUUCUCCCACAACGACCACAUCUGGUCCAACCACAACCACAGCUUCUCCCACUGCAACCACAUUUGCACCUACAAAUUCCCCAACAACUACCUCAGAGGCUCCAACAACAACAGCCGCUCCUACUACAACAUCAACUGCACCUUUAAUAACCACAGCUACACCUACAACUGCAGCAGAGGCUCCGACAAGAACCACAACUGCACCUACAACUACAACAGCUACACCUACAACUGCAGCAGAGGCUCCGACAAGAACCACAACUGCACCUACAACUACAACAGACACUCCAACAACAUCCACAGUUUCUCCCACUACUACCACAGCCACCCCAACAACUACCACAGAGGCUCCAACAACAGCCACAGCUACUCCCAGUACAACCACAGCCGCCCCAACAACGACAACAGUCGCCCCUACUACAAUCACAGCUGCACCUACAACUACAACAGCUACACCUACAACUGCAGCAGAGGCUCCGACAAGAACCACAACUGCACCUACAACUACAACAGCUACCCCUACAACUACUACAGAGAAUCCAACAGCAACAAGAGCUUCUCCCACAACGACCACAUCUGGUCCAACCACAACCACAGCUUCUCCCACUGCAACCACAUUUGCACCUACAAAUUCCCCAACAACUACCUCAGAGGCUCCAACAACAACAGCCGCUCCUACUACAACAUCAACUGCACCUUUAAUAACCACAGCUACACCUACAACUGCAGCAGAGGCUCCGACAAGAACCACAACUGCACCUACAACUACAACAGCUGCAACUACAACUACAAUAGAGGCUCCAACAACAACCACAGCUAA